AUGGAAUGGGGAACCAUUGAAGAAGGAGGGUCUAUUUCAGAUGUUCUUCAGCAAGUGGAAGUUCCUGUGGUUGACAACGAACUGUGCGAUGAGCUCUUAAGCACUUCAAUCACAGAACAUAUGAUAUGUGCUGGCCUUCCUGAAGGAGGGAAAGACUCUUGUCAGGGUGACUCAGGUGGUCCGAUGGUGACGAAUGUGAAGAACGAAUGGGUCCAGUCUGGGGUGGUUAGUUUUGGGUUUGGCUGUGCACGACCUAACCUACCUGGAGUCUACGCCAGGGUCUCUCAAUAUGAGGACUGGAUCAACUCCCACAUCAGAAGUGAUCCACCAGGCUUUGUGUCGGUCAACACAGAAAUAGCUUCUGCAGACAUUUGUGGCACAGCUCCUCUCAACAGCAGGAUAGUUGGAGGAGAGGACGCCACUGCAGGGAGCUGGCCCUGGCAGGUCAAUCUUAUUGGACCAGACACUCCGACAGGAAGAACACUGUGUGGAGGCUCCCUCAUCAACAAGGAGUGGGUGCUGUCUGCAGCACACUGCUUCAAAAGUGACAGCACAAGUGGGUGGACUAUAUAUCUGGGUCGGCAGUCCUUGUUCGGUUCUAAUCCAAAUGAAGCAUCUAGAACCGUGGCUGAGAUCAUUCUACAUCCUAGUUUUGAUGCCUCCACAUUUAACAAUGACAUGGCUCUACUCCGGUUGAGCAUUGCUGUCUCCUUCACCGACUACAUCAGACCUGUUUGUCUGGCGGCCUGCGGCAGCAUUUUCCCCCAGGGAACAGAGAGCUGGGUCACUGGCUGGGGGAGGACUGAAGAAGGAGGUGACAGGUCUAUUUCAGAUGUUCUUCAGCAAGUGGAAGUUCCUGUGGUUGACAACGAACAGUGUGAUGAGCUCUUAAGCGCUUCAAUCACAGAAAAUAUGAUAUGUGCUGGCCUUCCUGAAGGAGGGAAAGACUCUUGUCAGGGUGACUCAGGUGGUCCGAUGGUGACGAAUCUGAAGAACGAAUGGGUCCAGUCUGGGGUGGUUAGUUUUGGGUUUGGCUGUGCUCGACCUGACCUACCUGGAGUCUACACCAGGGUCUCCCAAUAUGAGGACUGGAUCAAAUCCCACAUCAGCAGUGACCCACCAGGCUUCAGCAGUGGGACCAAAGUCACAUGCUCAUUCUGCCUCUACAUCAUCCUGUCUUUUCUCCUCCUUUCUUUCUUCUGA